UUAUGGUGAAAACGGUACCUACAUAUUCGCCUUCGGCGUUUCCGCCCAAUUGCUAAAGCAUAUAGAAGUAAACGCGUGAGUGUUUGGAAGCGGGCAGAAGAGAUGGCGAAGCGAGUGGGAACGAGUCGGGACAUGGGCAAAGGCAGGAAAGGGUGGACGCUGACCGCCGCCGUCAACGCCGUCUUCGAGUUUUUCAGAUUGGCAGAGUUCGAGAUCCUUUUCUUCCUCUUCUUCAUCAUCGCUUUCCUGAUCUUCAAAGAUCUCACGUCGCGGCCUGAAUACAAUCAACUGCUGGUUAAAAAGCCUGGCGGAGUGGAUCUGUGGCCUUAUUAACAGUAAGAGGUGGUGGACGGUGACGGUGGUCGACGGUGGAAGGUGGAUGUCAAGGAUGCAAAAUCUUUCGCAUAUUUCGAGCUGCAUGUAUUACAUUACAUAUUUGUUGUUGUUAAGGUCAUUCCCUGCACUUUCAAUUCUUCCUUUUUACUUUGUUAUUUUCUAGUGUAAAUUUGAUCUUUGAAUAGAAUCAAAUUAAUGAACAGUUGGUUCAAUCGGUUAAUUUGUUCAUCUUGACAGUA